AUGCAGACACCCCACUCGGAAUUCAAUAUCUUUGACUCUGUUUCAGAUAUCAUCGGUGCACUACAAAACAUAAUCGCACGUUCGCAAGUGAUUAUUCCAGUCCUUGAAACUCCGUACUCCAGGUUCCCCAAUACCGACCGCUCUACCAUCGAGCUCGAACGUCAGAGCGUUGUCAACAUUAUCGCUCAGCGCCAGCAGCAAUUGGAUACAAUUAUGUAUGAGAUCUCGGGCCUGGAGGCCGUGAUGGAUAGUGUCGAAAAUCUUCAUCAGGCAGUCCUUGAGAAGAAGGAGAAGAUCACGCAGUCGAUGAAUCUGCACGAGGGACUGCUAUCGGCUCACUGGCGCUUCCCAACGGAAAUUUUAUCCCAAAUAUUUAACCACUGUCUCCCUGAUUACAUAUAUUUUUUAUCCCCAUCGAGCCUCCCAGUUCAAGCCCCUAUACUGUUAACAAGAAUAUGCCGACGAUGGAGGGAGGUUGCUGUGAAUACUCCCGGAUUAUGGUGCCGGUUGUAUGUGCAAGCCGAUGACAAAAAAUUGCUGAAGGCACCCUUCUGCUAUGACUUGUGGCUCAAGCGUUCACGAGGACAUCCGCUCUCGUUAGAACUCGGGUACCACUACUCGACCAAACUACCAAGCCUACUUCGGCCUUACAUGAGUCACAUCACAUCUCUUCUAGUCUAUGGUGAUUACUUCGGUGGCAGACACCCUCGACUGCUUGCUACAGACCUCCUAGCACUUCAGGAGCUAGCCAUACGAGGGACGUCAAAUGAUGAUAUUCCAACUAUUGCACAAUCCAUCUCGCAACUGCCGUCCACUAUGCGCAGUCUCAAGUUCAUUGACAUGACACCGUUUUUCGACAUCGAGCCUUUGUCUUCUUUCAGUCCUGUAUGGGCCCACUUGACAGACGUCCAGAUCGCCGUAUCUCACCCGAACGCAUUGCUCCAUUUGCUUCAACUAUGUCCCAAUCUCUCCUCCUUAAACACCCAGAUAGAAAUGGACCAAGGAGGACCCUUGAAAUCAUUCACGCACACCAAAUUACAAUCCUUAUGCAUCAUUUACUACGCUUCGCUCACGCGCACUCUAUCUGAGCUGCUCAAUGCUCUAUCUCUCCCCAAUUUGCAUGCGCUUGAAGCUCGCUACAAUACAUCUUGGCCUCAUGAAGAUAUGAAGGCCUUUUUGGCACGGUCAAAGUGUCCCCUGGAGACCUUGACUAUCGGUAGUGGAAUGACGAUAACAGAUGCGCAGCAAGCGGAAUAUGUUUCCCUCACUUCCUUCCUUUAA